UUUGUAAAAUUUCCGCAAAUAAAUAAUUUGUUAGAUUCUUCGCAUUACUUAAAGCAAAAAUCAUCCAUUUCAGCCAGUCACUUUAUAUUGCGGACAUUCGCUGUGCUCGAAAUGCUGCACAGCACUACUGGAAUCUUCCGGAGUAAACACAGCACCUCGACGUACGAGAAUUCGAAUGGGGCUGAGUAGUGUCAGCUAUUCGCGACUCGAACGAAAAAAUAGCUCGCAGUCCGUAAACUCUGUGCGAUCUACUGGUGUCAUUUACAAAUCUCCACAAUGCAUUGUAUGUGGGGAACGAGCGAGAACGACCCCUCCUGUACCUAAUCUUGAGCUAGCCAAUUUUCUAAAGACACUCAAAGUGGAGAAGAUGACCGAGCAUGAGAAUCCAGCUUAUAGAGAAACGGAUGACGAUAGCGAUAUCCUAGGAAAGCGUGCAGAACCUAGCCUUACCAACACAUUUAUGAUUGACAUUGUGGAUUCUAAUAAUAGCGACGAUUGCAUGCGAACUUCCCAAGGUUUCGUCAUAAUGUACUCGAUAACUGAUCGCGAGUCAUUCUAUGAAGCUGCGGAUAUCUACACCUUGAUUGAACAGAUUAGAGGUGGAAAGAUUCCCAUCGUCCUUGUUGGUUCAAAAUCGGAUCUGCAUAGAAAACGACGUGUCACCGCUUAUGAGGGUCAGACUCUUGCCAGACACAUUGGCUGUCCUUUCCUUGAGAUUUCAGCACGCAACAACGAUUGCGUCAACGAGGCAUUCCUCGAGUUGAUGCGAAUCGUUGAACGACGUCGACUAGCAUCUAUCGCCUAA